AUGUCUAAAAAGAAGGAAAAGGAAAGAGAGGAGAAGAAAGCUGAAGUUGGUCAGAAGCGGAAACGGAUGGGGAAAUCAGGCAAUGAGAGCAAAGCUAAGAUGUCGAAGAAGGAUGAGGGAGAAUCGGAAAGGGUUGAAGUGAAAGAAACGUAUUCUCUACAAUUGAAAAAGAUCAAUACUCAUUUAACGUGUGGUUUGUGUAAGGGCUAUUUAAUAGAUGCAACUACGGUCAUCGAUUGUUUGCACACCUUCUGCAAAAGUUGCCUUCUGACUUAUUUUGAAGAGGAAGAUAAUUGCUGUCCCACAUGUGAACAAUUGAUUCAUCAAAGUCAUCCCAGCCAUUACGUGGCGUUCGAUCGAACAAUGCAGGAUAUAGUGUACAAAUUAGUACCUGGUAGGUUUUAUUUGGAAAGCUUUUUGCGGGGUUUUGCAUGA